UUUCCUAGCAUACUGUAACUCUUGUGGCAUUGCUGUUGUGUGCACGCGGAUUUGGAAUAGUGAAGUGCGAGCGCAGCUGGAUCCCUUCAAGAACCGUUUUGAGGUUUAUAGUCGACAAAAAGAGCUUCUGCAAAAAUAACAGAUUUACUUAGGAUCGUCAUCCCCAGUGUUUGAAGGCCAGCAAUAUCUUUCGGAAGUUUUUGUGUAUUUUGUCCAAAGCUCGGUUGUUCUUUCCAUCGCCAUGUCCUCCGGUGAUGUGUCAGAGCAGUGUGGUAGGGUUUGCGUGUUAUCUUGGGAGCAGGUGCAACGUUUGGACUCUAUUCUCGGCGAGACGGUUCCCGUUCACGGACGUGGAAACUUCCCGACUCUUUCAGUACAGCCGCGUCAGAUCGUUCAGGUGGUUCGAGCACGUUUGGGGGAGCGAGGCAUCAAUGUUGAGGAUGUAAGGUUAAACGGCUCAGCUGCCAGUCACGUUCUUCACCAGGACACGGGACUUGGGUACAAGGAUUUGGACCUGAUAUUUAGACUUUCGCUGUCGGACGACCAAGCCUUCCGGGUGGUGAAGGAUGUGGUUCUCGACAGCCUGCUGGACUUCCUACCCGAGGGCGUCAGCAAGGAGAGGAUCUCUGCGCUUACUCUGAAGGAGGCCUACGUACAGAAGUUGGUAAAGGUCUGCAAUGACACCGACCGCUGGAGUCUCAUCUCGCUUUCCAACAACACGGGGAAGAACGUGGAACUCAAAUUCGUGGACUCUUUGAGGCGCCAGUUUGAAUUCAGCGUGGAUUCUUUCCAGAUACAUUUGGACUCUCUACUUAUGUUUGACCGUUGUUCAGAGACGCCCAUGUCCGAGAGCUUCCACCCGUCAGUAGUGGGAGAAAGCAUGUAUGGGGACUUCAAAGAAGCUCUCGGCCAUUUAUGCAACAAGAUCCUCGCCACGAGGAACCCAGAAGAAAUCCGGGGAGGUGGACUCUUAAAAUAUUGCCACCUGUUGGUGCGAGGUUUUCGUCCGACGUCCGAAUCGGAGAUGAAGUCGCUCCAGCGGUACAUGUGCUCUCGGUUCUUCAUUGACUUUCCAGACAUAGUUGAGCAGCAGAGAAAGCUGGAGGCUUACCUGCAAAAUCACUUCACCGGAAUGGAACACAAACGUUACGACUGUUUGGUCACGUUGUACCACGUGGUCAACGAAAGUACGGUUUGUUUAAUGGGACACGAAAGGCGACAGACACUAAAUCUUAUCUCGAUGCUUGCGCUCAGGGUGCUGGCUGAACAAAACGCCAUCCCUACGGUAACCAACGUCACGUGCUAUUACCAGCCGGCUCCCUACGUGCGAGACAUCAACUUCAGUAACUACUACAUAGCUCGAGUACAGCCGCUGGUGCACACGUGCAGUAAUUCGUAUCCGACGUGGCUGCCCUGUAACUGACCCACAGUACCUCUUCUAGAGAUUAAAAUCAACUUCCCAUGCGGUGAGGUCGAUAUGCAAGCAAGUGAAUACCAUAGUCACUGUUAAAAAACAGAAAUGGACUUUGGAGCUCUUUAAACAAUAGCAAAAUGUAUUGUUUUGCUAAAUGUGACAUAACGUGUAUAAAAUGACUGUUCACUGCUGUAUGUCUGAUUUGAGCCAAUCUUUACAAUCGUAACUUGCAGAGCGAAUGAGGGUUUGUCAAUCUCUUUUUACAUGUAGCAGAAAUAUUGUCUUGGGAUUGAGCAUUUUCCGUUUUUCGAGUGCAUUAUAGAUUCGUUUAAACACUCAGAAGUCGUGUAAAUGGGGAGUGAAGGCUGCUGGGGGAAAGACAUGAAGCUAAAUAUGUAUUUCUCUUUUUGCAAGACGGUGGUUUCAAACAACCUCUGCUUCUUGGUUGUUUAAAGGACCAAAGAUAUUUUAUUUUCGUCUUUAAGAAAGGAAUGUUUGCUGUUGUAAUUCCAAGUGCCUAAAAACAUUGUACAGAAAAAUGAGACCUGUGUUCUCUACAAAAGUUUUUUUUCUCUUCUAGUUAAUUGUAAAUCUCUAUUUUCAGGGAUGAAGGCAUGCAUUUCCAUGUGAUUAAAAAGCACACAACUCA